AUGUUUGGCGUAAUCCGUGACGCUGUUGAACAAACGCCCUACGUGGCAUUAGACGACGCCUUCUUCCUCGGCCGACCGGCCGGCCCUAGUAUAACGAAGUACCUAGGUAUCCCUUAUGGAGGCGCCCCGCGAUUCGGAGCCCCUGUCCUUGUAGAGCCUUACGCGGCCGGCGCGGUCCGCGACGCGACAGCCUUCGGCCCGGCGUGCCCACAACAGGCUAUAAAACCACCAUCGAUAUUCUUGCUUCAAAUGUGGUACGACAUCGUUGCCCGCAUCGCCCGCCUCAUAUAUGCGCCCCCAAGUGGUGCAGAGGCUGAAGACUGUUUGUUUGUCAAUGUGGUCAAGCCAGAAAAGAACUCAGGCGAAGCAUUCCCUGUCGUCGUCUGGAUACACGGAGAAGAUGAACCCUUCAGAUACGAUGGCACCUUUAUCGUGCAGCGAUCCAUUGAGAUUGAAAGACCAAUCCUUUUUGUCAGCAUAAACUACCGCAUCUGCACAGCGUACGGCUUUCUCGCAGGAAAAGAAGUCAAGACUGCCGGUGUUGGAAACAUCGGCUUACGGGAUCAACGUCUCGCCCUUCGAUGGGGCGAAAGUUCUGGAGCGAUUUCCGUGGCGCUACAGAUGGCCACUAAUCACGGGGACAGCGAGGGCCUCUUCCGAGGUGCGAUCAUGCAAAGCGGAGCUCCGAUCCCUGUAGGACCCAUUGAACACGGCCAGCGAUACUACGACGCUCUCGUCCACGAUGUAGGGUGCCAUGGACGAGUGGAUACCCUAGAAUGUCUGCGCAACGUCGACUUCGGUACCCUCAGACAGGCCGUCGACAGAUCUCCAUCCUUUUUCUCCUAUCAGUCUCUCAAUUUGGCUUGGGUUCCUCGGGUAGACGGCGUGUUCUUGGUGGACACACCGCAGAAGCUGGUGAUGAGCGGCAGCAUCGCCAACAUCCCGAUGAUUUCAGGCAGCUGCUAUGACGAGGGCACCGUGUUCGCACUGUCCUCGAGCAACAUCACCACCGAGAACCAGACGCGCGAAUACAUCACCACGAACUACAUGCCUGCCGCCACCCAAACUGAGAUUGACGAGCUACUCGAACUCUACCCUCAAGGCGAAGUGCCAGGCUGGAUCUCGCUCUUCGUCUCCCCUCAGUUCGCACGUAUCGCCGACCUCCAAGGGGAUUUGGUCUUUCAAGCCCCUCGCCGCUUCUUCCUGAAGUACAGGUCUGACCUUCAACCUACAUGGGCGUUUUUGAGCAAACGUUACAAAUCACUUCCCCUCCUUGGCGCCUUCCAUGGGUCUGAUCUAAGUACCGUAUUUCCGUUUCACCCUUCAGUUCGGGAGACGGACACCGGUCGCAUAGCAGACGCCGCGAUCCGCGAUGGCUUCGUCGACCACGUCAUCCACUUCAUCAACGACCUUGACCCCAACGCCCCCGGAAAGGGAGAGGCGUGGCCGCUUUACACGUCCUGGAAGCGGCGCAUGCUCGUAUUUCGCGACGGCCCGGAGACGAGUGUUAUCAGGGACGACUACCGUUCGGAUGCGAUGGAGGUUAUCACGAAUUUGUCUCUGAAGUAUCCGCUGUAA